AUGGAUUUCCAUAGGGCUAAUAGAAACCUACAGUUAGUAGAAUCCGGUGUUUCAGAUGGUAGGAAUCCUGAAAGCUUUAGUUUAGAUGAGACUCAAGUUCCUGUUUCGUCCGGUUUUUCAUCAGAUUCAGACAAGGAUCAACAGGAGCAGAUUUUUAUAAAUACACAGGUUCAAGGGAGAUUAGAUGAAGCAGAGGAAGCCGAUAAAGUUCGGGCAAACCUUGGCCAAUUUAGGUACGAUUCACAGGAUAGUGCAAUAUCGCCCAAGCACAAAUCUGCUAUACAAAGACCAAGUGCUAGAACGACAAAAAGGUCAAGCUCAUCCCAACGACGUAAGGCACCUACAAAGGCCCAAUCACUUUUGAAACAGCUCUCUGGGAAACAUGCUAAAGUACAGGAUAUGAUUAAGUACCAGCAAAAAUUAGAUUCUCUGGCAGGAUCUCAACAGAGGGCAAAAAGUAAAGGUAAGACUACUAAGACCAAAAAACAACAAGAGAAAAGGUAUGACACUUACAAUGCGAACGAGUGGCAACAUAUUUAUAAUUUAUUAUUGGAAAAGUUCCCUCAUACGAGACCUUCUGAGGUGGAAGACGUGUACCAGUACUUAUAUGGAGAUGAAUCUGAAGAUCAACCAUUGUGGAAUGAAUCCCAAAGACCUAUAGAACCAGAAUCCCAGGAUUUAGGAUUCUUACCACCACCACCAGCUGACAAGCAAAGGGUUUCAGUUUUGUCGCUAUCACAAGUUAUGGAUGAUAAGCACUCCCGAGAACCUGAUGAAGAUAUUAUCGUCCCUGAUAGUACUGAUGAAGAAUACAUAGUUAUCCCAAUCCCAUCCUCGCCACAACCACUACGACCACCAUUAGCUACCAAACCGCCGCUACUUACUAAGCCACCACUCAAAAAAGUGGAAUCAGACGCAGGCACGCCAAAGACGGCCCAUUCGCCCUCAGAUGGUGUCAUAGAUUUAACUAACGGUUCUUUCAAAGUAGUUAAGAGCUUAAUUUCACCGCUAAAGGAGGAAACCGCUCAAGUACAAGUACCUGCCACUAGAAUGCCUACUUUAGGUACGACACCGAAUUUGGCACCCACCAAGGAACAACCAUUGCGAUACCGAUUACAUCGAAGCCAAUUGGAAUCCUUUUCCGCGGUAGAAGGGCUAAUUGUCUGCUCACCGGGUCCAUCGCAGGACGAUGUCCCCGUACCAGAUACAGAAUCAGAGGAUUCCGCCGCUGAGGAUCAUUGCAUGGUAGAGCUGCAACCUUCUAUACUGGCAAGUAGAACCCCGUCACCUUCAGUACAAUCAGAUUGGAAUUCCCAAUCUGCUCAACAGUUGCGUCAAAGCAUGAAAUCAUUAGGACUAAAGACAUCCCGCUCCAAACGUCAAAUGUUGCACUCGUUACAACAGGCUUCACAAGUGCUAGAAAUAGAUACUGGUGGACAAGAGAACCAAAGACAGGAGAUUCACGACUAUCUAACAUCUCUGGUCCAAUCAUCCCCCGUACUUCUGGAGAAAGUGUACACUUUCCAACCAAUUGCAUCCAAGGAACUACUUACAAAACUUACCGAGGCAAAUCCAUUCGUGGACGUCAUUGAUGAGUACACUAUACGUGAAUGGGCAGACUAUCAAGGAAUUUGUCUGACGACAAGUUGA